ACACGUCAUGGAGGAAGCACGCGGUCGCACGGAAUGCGUAGAAUUGCAGGGCUCUAGUUUUAUGUAGAAAAAAAAGAAAAAAAAUGCCUCCCGAAACGAAAACACUUCCACAGAGGAGAGAGGCCCAGGUCGAACAAGAUUUUUUUUCGAUUCCCCUCUCCAGCAUCGCAAUCGCAUCCAUGGCUUCCUCGUCUAUCCACAUCCACCAUCCCCGGCUUGCCGGCGACGAGAUCCACCGGACCCUGGAGGCCUCCUACUCCCCCAGCGCGUCCUACUGCUCCGACGAUGCCUUCGUCCCCGUCUUCCGCCCGGAUCCGUCCGCCCCCUCCGUAUCCGCGUCCGCAUCGGCCGACCGCGUCCGCAGCCUUUUCCGCUCCGUCGACGUAGCCCUCUUCCGAGAUACGCUCUUCGCGCCCGGUCGCGGCGGCGACGGCGACGGCGACGACCUCGGGUUCACGGACGCGGACGCGGAGGCGGCGGAGUACGACGGCGAUCUCACCUCCAUCUUCUGGGACUGCCUCCAGAUCGAGGACGCCGACGAUCCGCUCGCUGCCUCCCCCGCCGAGGAGUUCGAGUGGGAGGAGGUCGCGUCUCCAUCGGGCGCCGCCGGGGAAGCCCCGGAGCCCGAGUGGGAGGUGCUCGCCGACGUGCCGCCCGCCGCCGCCGAGGAGGGGUUCGUGUACACCUCCCACCACAGAGGCAGAGAUGAGGAGGAGGAGGAGGCGGCGGCGUACGAGGUGCUCGUAGCAGGCGGGGAGGGGCUGUUCCUCAAGACCAAGCCCCCGGCCGCCAGAUCCGCCGUCGAGGCGCUCCCGUCCGCCGUCGUCGCGGCCGGCCAGGAAGGCCAGGGGGAUGAGUGCGCUGUGUGCAAGGACGGGGUCGCGGUCGGCCAGCGCGUCAAGCGGCUGCCGUGCUCGCACCGCUACCACGACGGCUGCAUCGUGCCCUGGCUCCAGGUGCGCAACUCGUGCCCGCUCUGCCGCUUCGAGCUGCCCACCGACGACCCGGAGUACGAGUCCUGGAAAGCCGGCCGGACCGACGCCGCGUGAACCGGCCAACCAGGCAGUGACUGCAUGCUCUUAUGGUAUGGUUUUAUUGAUAAUGUUGUAUGUAUGGGUUGGGUUUGAAUCGGGUGCUUUGGUUACAAGGUUGCUACUCAGCCGUAUCAAAGGCAAAGUAUAGAGGCAGUAGAUGCAGAGAUGGUUUUUGAUCGGUUUCCUUUUUCUCCUUAAAGAGAGGGACUCAUGAAGUUUUUCCAAAUGACCGAGGUUGGCAUAUACUUGUUAGUUGUUACUACGUAUUCCUGCUGUAUUUAUUCUAAAAAUCCAGAGAGGUUAGCUGGAUAUCUUGGUGCAGGGCAGCUGUAUAUCCUGAUGCAAUGGGACGAUCUACUUGCUAGAUAUUAUGAUGUUACAUUUUAACUGAUCGUUGUUUGGUGACUCUCU